AUGAGCGAUUCUCGGCUGCCCCGCAGCGUGCACUGCCACCCAGCCCAACUGCCAGGGGAACCACCUUUGGAAAGAGGCCUGGAGGAGCUGAAGCUGGGUACCUGUGACAGAGAAGUGUCCGGAUGCUAUGAAGGCCCCAGGAACUGCAGCCAAGAACUCAGAGAGGGACCACAUCCCCCUGCUCCAACCUGGGACUCCCCCCACCAAGACGCCCUGGAGAAGCCGGUCCAGCAUCCGGGUUCCCCCGUGACCACGGCGAGUGCCAGGGAACUAAGCGCUGUGCUGCUGCCCUCCGGUGUCACUCAGUGCCACAACCCCACCCUGCUGACAGCCGUCCGCCAGAGCGCCACCCCGCCUUCCUUGGCCCCUGCCUGUCGGGACAAGGGGGACCCAGAGCUCUACCCCACUCCAGGACAGUCAUAUCCCAACAAGGCCCUGAGCCUGACCUCCACUCUGCCCUUUAGCCUUGGCACCAGAUGCCGGAGCGGCGUCCCCGAGCCCCUGCAGUUGCCCCGGAGGGAGCCAGCCCCACGCAGGCUGGUGGGGAGUCCCUGGGGCUGGGACUGCUCCUGGACCCCCACCCUGGGAUCCCCAUGCCAAGAAGCCCCCAACACGGGCACUAAACCAGGGCUGGAAGUCUGGCUGGUCCCCAGUGCCCCCAAGGUGCUGCCCUCCAGGGCUCCACUAGACAGUCAGAGCCCUGGGGCCUGGCUCCAGGAUGCGGGCCCAGCAGAGUUGGGCCUGAGAGAGCGGAAAGGCCCCGCGGUGACUGAGGCAGCCAUGGCUGGUAGGCCGAGUCAGGGCUCUGCCCUCAAAGGGGAGGGACUGGAAGGGCUGAGUUUGGGCAGUCUCCUGCUACCCAAGCAGGACUGCCGGUGCCCAAGCCCCUGGGAGGAGGCUGGAACCCCCACAGUGGGUGAGGGGCCAGAGCCACAGAGGCCAGAAAAGAAGGGACCGGGGAGGGGGCGGGAAGGGAUGGACCAAGGCUGCAAUCCCAAGCCAGGGGAUGCUGAUGGGCAUGAGCCCUGGCCAACUGGCACAGGCUGCCAAGUCAGCCGGGAGACUCUCGGUGCCUCUUGCCAAGUCCCGGAGUCCUGGCCCCAGGUCGGCUGCCACACGACUCCGGUGGAGGACAGCUAUGGGCGAUGGGUGCACGAGGAGGGCUGUGCGCUGCUGGAGCGGCUGAGGCGACUCUUCCUGGACGACGAGGGGCAACACCUGGCUCUGCUGGACUCUGGACUGGCUCUGGCCUGUCUGCAGGAGAGCCAAACCCCAGGGGUCACUUUUCUCACCAUGCGCAAUGGCAGAAAGCUGGGCAUGACCUUCCCCAGCUCCAAGCUCUUCCUCUACUACACCCUGGACCUGCACUUCUACGUCACCGACCAGCUCAGCAGCCACUGGUUCCGGGUGCGAGACCGCAUCACCCAGGAGCAGAUGCUGAUGAAAAAGGUGCCAGUGGUCUCCGACUGGCAGAAGCUGCUCCAUCACUUCCUCUUCCUUCCCCCCGCCCCGUGGCUACCGGUUCCCUACGCCGUCCUCUAUGACCGGAAUGGCUCCAUCCUGUACCUGAUGGAGGACCCAGGGGUGCUGGCCGUCGGGAAGCCCCCAGAGAGGCUGCACCUCGACCAAUGGACUCGCAUGCUGGAGGCCCUGAGCUUUUUGCGCUUCUGCCAACGCCGGGGCUUGCAGCUCGGUGACGUGGCCUCUGCCCUGCUCCACACCCACCAGGGAGUCUGCUUUGACCCCAGUGGCCUGGCUGGCAGCGAGGGCCCCUGUGUCUUCAGGAAAGGCCUGCGGACCAUCCUAGAGCUGCUGCUUCGGGGACCCCAACAGGAGCCGUGGGCCUCGGAGGGCCUGGUGGACCUGGCAUGUCAGUGGGUCGAGGAAGACUCUGGUCCUGCGGAAGCCCUGUGGAGGGCUGCAUUCCCUGAUGGCAAUAUCCCUGGCACCUCCUGAGGUGGGCAGGCCAAGCCCACCCCGUGGGCCAGUGCAGAUUUAGCACUUUAGAGCAACAAAGCACU